AGUCUAAUGUACAUACACCUUCAACCACCUAUUGUAGGUAUAUAAGACACUGUAUAUGAAGUCAUCAUCAAACAUCUUUGGAGCACUAUAAAAACGGCACCCCUCGAGUGCUAAUAUUUACAGUCCAUUUCGACCUGGCAACGGGUCAACCAGUGAAUAAAAAAUAGUGAAUUUCUCGUUAGCUUGAAAGAUCACCCCUUCCCAUUAUCUUUCCGAGGAUAGACUAAUCUCAACCAACCCCUGACUAUUUCCCUUGAAAUAACCCGGCGCCUCAACAAUAUCUUUAUUCCAUUAUCACUAAUAUAUGGUACGAUUUAUGGUUCAGAAGAAUCUACAUCGUUGGAGUGAACAGCCGUGUUCCGCAUAACAACGCAUAAACGGUACUUGGAGCUUGGAUCUGACAAUCUUGAUCAUAAAAAGCAUCUUCUCCGUGAAUUGUAUUCACCAUGGCCUUCUUUAACCGGCUAUCGUGGAGAAAACUAGAUGUUGAAAAGGAGUACAACAUAAUUCUGUUUGGCGAAACCGGCGCAGGCAAAUCAACUCUGAUAAACUAUCUGACGAAUUAUUUCCAUAACGGUACACUCGAGAAUUUGAAAGUUUCCAUCCCUUCUAAGUAUUAUGAGGCAACCGAGGGUCAGACGCACAACGAAUACAAUGUUCAGGAUGCUUCAAAAAGUCAAACUAGAGCCUGUACUGUAUACACUUUCAGAAAACAGAACACGGUAUACAAUUUCAUAGACACGCCAGGACUCAGUGAUACCGAAGGAGUGGCUCAGGAUGAAUCCAACAUUCAGCAAAGUAUGGGUGCUGCUGAGCAGAGCGGAGUGUUGACGGCAAUCAUCCUCGUUAUAAAUGGAACGCAGACCCGAGCUACCGUAACACUGUGCCGCACGUUGUGCCUGUUGAGAAGCUCAAUACCGGACGUCCUUUUGCAGAACCUCGUCGUAGUUCUAACAAACUGCUCUUCUGCAACUGUCAACUUCGACCUGGCCCGUUUAGAACCAUGGACUGUUCCUGAGGCGAACGUUUUCCACAUGAACAACUGUGCCUUCAGUAGACCAGUAUCACAAUGGACAAAAAAUGCAGCGAUGCAGCAAAUUCUGAAAAUAGAAUGGAAAUGCUCAAUGGAAGCUAUCGAAAAAAUGAUCCAGAAUCUGAAGCAGCUUGGCGGCAAAGCGACCGAGGCUUUCAAACAAAUGCGUAUUAACAGAGAGAGAAUAAAAUCGCAGCUACAAAACAUAUUGCUAGAUGUAACGAAAUGUCAGGAUCUUCAAAACGAACUUGAUAUGAUGAAAACCACACAGCAAAAUAUAGCCACCGACAUUAAAAAUUAUUCCGACUACAAACGAUCAAAGCUAGUGGAAUAUACGGAAUUGGUACCAUGUGAAACCGGCACCAGAUUCUGCACUAAGUGCUCGACGCCAUGCCAAGAAAAAUUUCUUGAAAAGGGAGCGACAUCUGUGUACAGAGUUGCCACAUCAAUACCGAUUUGUAGAGACGUAGUGUCCCUUUUCGAAUAUAUGCUACUGGACACUUGUCACUGCGGUCAUUCAGCGUUCAAUCAUUACGUUAGCAACGUUAGGCCAGUCAAGAAAACGAAAACCGUCGAGGAAAUUCUCGAAGAUGUGAAAAACGCCUUUGAUCUUAGCACGAAAAAAAAUGAGGAAAUUCAGUCUGAAAUCGGUAACCUGAACACCGACAUGGCUGCACUGGAACAUGCUCUCGAUGCAAUGCAAGAGGAAAUUCUGAAUUGCUGCUAUCAACUCAAGAAGCUCUGCUCACAGUUUAACUUCGUGGACGAGCUCCAUGGCAUCAUAGGCAUCAUGGAGAGAGAUACUUGUAGGCUUACUUCCACCAUGGUAAGGGCAGAGGCUGAGACAAGAAUUAGGAACAUCAAACACGUGGUCGAUACGCUGUCAAGUGCUGGGAAGAGUGGCUAGAACACAACACAAAAUUAUAGGUAGCGAAACAAUCGUAUCAACGCAGAGAACAGACAUCCAGGCUAGAAUAAAUUUCAUUCAGAAAGUUGUGUAAGGAUUAGAAUCUUCACUUGAGUAAGGUUGCAAACCAAUACACGAUGAAAACACUAACGCCGCCAAACACCAUAUUGCCACAGUCAGUGGUGAAUUGACACAUUUCAAGUGGUGAAUUAAAUUAGUAUGGGAAAUUAACUGAUUGCAGCGCCACGAUGUUGCCACUUAUGUUGCCGAUUUCAAAUGACCGUUAAAUUCCUUACACAGUUUCGGAACUGGACUUGGAUGUCUGUUCUCUGUGGCAUGAACAUCUAAUUCAAGCCUAACUUUACCAAACACCGUAUCUAACAAAAUCCACGAACGGAGAAAAUCGAAGGGGAAGUUCGCUGUUCCCAUAGCAACUCAUACAUUGAGCAUUUGAGAAACGUAAAAAAUCUGGGUAUUUUUCACAAAUUAUCCCCAGAGGUGAGUGAUACAAGUAUGUAGCUCUUAACGAAAUUCAACGCCACAUGUGAAAAUCUCUUUUUUGUUUACAUAUGUUACAUACGGUGUUUGGUAAAGUUAGGCUUAAAUUAUUCCAAAGAGUGUAAUCAGUAGGCCGUCCAUUAUUUUGCAAAAAAUGGAAAUGUUAUAAGUUCGUAAAUGGAAAAUGAUCGUUUCAGCUAAGAAAUGAUCGUGUCAAAAUUUGAAGUCCAUAUCACAAGGCAGUUAAUAAUCAGUGUCCCUCAAGGGGCCUAAAGUUGUCAAAAAUAGUAUGGGAUCAAAAAAAAAAAAAAACAUGAAAUUUUUUUCGACGAAAAAAUAUGCUAUUCUACUU